AUGCGACCACCGCUCCACUUCAGCAUUCGCGAUCAGUUCCGUCACUCUACGACGGCACUUUGGUUUCUCAUCGAAGCUGCCGCCACGGAAAACACAGGAGUUCGUCAAGACACCGGAGGAGCCAUCGUGCAAGAGACCUCGCAGAUUCAGACUCUCAAGAAGAUUCAUCUUACGAGCGUAGAAGACGUCAUAGGAGUAAGACCCGAUAUACGGAGUCAGAACUUUCAGAGACGACUGACCAGUACAGAGAUGAAAGACUACGAAGAAGCAAAAGGUCUUACAUAUCUCACUCUCACAACCACACGCGAGAUAGAGAAGGGAGGCGGAGAGGAAAAAGGGAAGAGGAUCAUAGACAUCGGAAACAAGACAGAGAAACCGAGUACUUCGAGAGAUACCGAAGGCGUGGUGCUGAUUCGGAUGUGGAUCGGGUAA